AUGCCUCCUCCUUCUGUAAAAGGCUUGCUCAUCGACCUCAGUGGUACCAUUCACAUUGACUCCAAGGCCAUUCCAGGUGCUGUAGAAGCUGUUAGAAAGCUACGUGCAAGCCGUAUCCCUUUCCGCUUUGCUACCAACACUACAAAGACAUCGUCGCGUAAACUGGUGGACAAGCUCAAUGCCAUGGGUUUUGGCAUUCAAGAACACGAGGUGUUUACAUCACUCUCAGCAUGCCGCGACCGUGUAUCUCAGUUAAGACCAUUGCUAUUAAUGGAAGAUGCUGCUAUGGAGGAAUUUGAAGGCAUGGAUACAAAGGAUCCCAACGCUGUGGUGAUCGGUCUGGCCCCAUCCAAGUUUCGUUACGAUUUGAUGAACGAAGCUUUCCGCUUGCUUAUCAAUGACCCAUCAGUACCAUUGAUUGCUGUACACAAGGCCAAGUACUUUGCUGACAAGGAUGAAAAGCUCUCCAUGGGCCCUGGAGGAUUUGUACAAGCUCUUGAAUAUGCCACAGGCCAAACAGCCACUGUAGUUGGGAAACCCACACGUAGCUUUUUUGAGCUCGCACUCAAGCAAAUUGGGAUGGAAAGCAGCCCUCAGGAUGUGGCGAUGAUUGGUGAUGAUGUGAACAAUGACUUGGGCGGAGGUGCAAAGGAGCUUGGUAUACAACGAUUGCUAGUCCAAACUGGCAAGUAUCGUACCGGUGAUGAACAAGGUUAUGAAGGUGUUCGUGUAUUUCCCUCAGUGGUAGAAGCAAUUGAAGAUGUAUUGCAGCAACAUGCAUAA